AUGGGCUCAAUCAACGCAUCCGACGUCAAAGUCGUCAAAGCCGAUGGCCUGACAUAUUUCACUCCGGCCAACAAUGCCGGCGUCGCUAUCACUGAAGAUAUCAACUCAGUCCCCACGCUCUUCCGCCCUCUCAAAAUCCGCGACGUGACUCUCAAACACCGCAUUGUCGUCUCACCGAUGUGCAUGUACAGCGCUGAACCAGACCCAAAAUCGCCUGCGUUUGGUGCUCUGACGGACUACCACAUUGCGCACUUGGGCCACCUUGCGCUCAAAGGUGCUUCGCUAAUCAUUAUUGAAGCGCAGGCCGUACAGCCUAAUGGACGUAUCUCACCGAAUGAUGCGGGGCUGUGGGAUCAUGAUACAAACUCUGCGCAAUUCGUCGGUCUCAAGCGUUUGGUCGAUUUUGCGCAUGCGCAGGGCGCAAAAGUUGCAGUGCAAUUGGCGCAUGCGGGACGGAAAGCGAGCGUAUCGCCGCCUUGGGUAGCUGCUGAGCAAGGGGUGCGCAGUUUGAGGGCAGAGAGUUCGCAGUUUGGAUGGCCUGAGAACGUCGUUGCGCCAACUGGUGGUCCGGAUAUGGUUUGGUCUGGUGGUGGUGCGGAGGAUAAGCAGUACCAUGUUCCGCGAACACUGUCGACUGAUGAGGUCAAGGAUGUUGUAAAAGCCUUUGCUGCGUCCGCGGCAACAGCAGUGAAAGCAGGUGUUGAUGUCGUUGAGAUUCAUGGAGCGCACGGUUAUCUGGUUCAUCAAUUCUUAAGCCCAGUUACCAAUAAGCGAACCGACCAGUAUGGUGGAUCGUUCGAGAACCGAACCCGCAUAGUCCGAGAAAUCGCAUCAGCCAUUCGCGAAGCUGUCCCAUCUGGUGUCCCACUCUUUUUGCGAGUCAGUGCGACAGAAUGGCUCSAGGGCACCGAUGUUGCGAAGGAGUCUGGCAGUUGGGAUCCCGAAUCCACAAUCAAACUGGCCAAAGAACUUCCUAGCCUCGGUGUGGAUCUAAUCGAUGUCAGUUCUGGCGCAAAUCAUAAGGAUCAAAAGAUUGACCCACACACAUCGUAUCAGAUCGACCUUGCCGCUCGUGUACGCAAGGAACUACACGAGUCAGGGGUUCACAAUCUCCUUGUCGGUGCAGUGGGUUUGGUCACUACAUCCUCUCAAGCUAAGGAUAUCGUUGAAGGCGCCGAUUCCUACCCGGGUAUCAUCAAGGAUGAAGCGCAGGCUGCAGAGUCUCUUGUCAGCGGCUCGGAACCAAAGGCAGAUGCUGUUUUUGUCGCCCGUCAGUUUUUGCGCGAUCCGGCUUGGGUGCUUAAUGUUGCCAAAGAGCUCGGUGUAAAGGUAUCUGUGCCGCAUCAAUUUCAUCGUGCCUUGUGA